AUGCACACCUUCUUCAAUGUAUCACCAACUCUAGAGGAGUGGCCGGAGCCGAUCGUGCCCGUCCAAUCCAUAUCAGAAAGCGGCAUCACCACCGUCCCCGACCGCUACGUCAAGCCGCCGCCGGACCGCCCGGCAGCCGCAGACACCCUCUCCUACGCCGACGAUACAUGGACCCACAACAUCCCGACCGUCGACCUCGCCGCCUCCGCGACCUCCGCGGCCGCCGCGGUCUCGGCGGCGUGCCGGGAGUGGGGGUUCUUCCAAGUGGUGAACCACGGGGUGGGGGAGGGGCGCAUGCGGGGGGUCCGGGACGCGUGGGGGGAGUUUUUCAGGCUCCCUGCGGAGCUCAAACGGUCGUAUGCGAACGCGCCGACGACUUACGAAGGGUACGGGAGUCGGCUGGGAACAGAAGUCGGCGCCGAACUCGACUGGGGCGACUACUUCUUCCUAAAUUUGCUUCCCGAGUCGGCGAAGGACUACGCCAAGUGGCCCACUGAGCCCCCUAAUUGUCGGGAAAUCACCGAGGAGUACGGACGCGAGGUGGUGAAGCUAUGCGGGGCGCUGCUGAGGUUGCUCUCCAUAAGCCUCGGACUCGGCGCCGACUUCUUGGAGAGGUCGUUCGGAGGCGCAGAAGAAGUCGGCGCCGCAUGCCUGCGGGUGAGCUACUACCCGAAAUGCCCCCAGCCCGAGCUCACGCUGGGCCUCUCGGCCCACUCCGACCCCGGCGGCCUCACCGUCCUGUCGGCCGAUGACCGCGUCUUGGGCCUCCAGGUUCGGAAGGCCGGCAGGUGGAUCACCGUGCGGCCCCUGCCCGGCGCAUUGAUCGUUAACGUCGGCGACCAAAUUCAGGUGAUAACCAACGGGAUUUAUAAGAGCGUGGAGCACCGAGUGGUGGUAAAUGCAGUGGCGGAGCGGCUUUCCAUCGCCGUGUUUUACAACCCUAGAAAUGACCUUCUGAUUGGGCCUGCGCCGGAGCUCCUGACACCGGAGCAGCCACCGCUCUACCGUCCCAUGACUUACGGUGAGUAUCGCAUGUUCAUCAGGAAGAACGGGCCCAAAGGCAAGGUGCAGGUCGAGUCGCUUAAGACCGUUUAAUCAAUUGAUCUUAUCGAUAAAAAUGUAAUAAAGGUGCAUGGAUUGUAGAAGUGCUUCCUAGCUAAACUAUUGUACAUAUAUAUUAAUAUAGUAUGAUCCUCAGCUAUGAUCCUCUAAUUAUGAGAUGUGAAUAGUACAUAUUAUAGAGUUUUAAAUUUUCGAAUUAAAUGCUAUUCAACCUAUCUUUGCUAAAUUCUAAGCAUCCAAAGAUUACAAAGUCUAAAGUAUGUAUUAUUCACGUAUUAAUGAGAGGAUUGUAGUUGGACUACUCUU